UCUAGCCGUAGAGGUGUCAGACGGAACGAAAACAAAAUGCUGUAGUGUAACUUUGCGUGUGAGCUGUGAUGUGUGGCAGCGUGAUUCACAUUCUCUAACAAACCUCUGAACGCUCCUUUAAAUGUCAGCUUCGUGUGUUUAAAGGGAAUCACAGUAAAAUACAAGUAAACAUGCAGUUUCCUCCUACUAACGGAGAUUUCACGUUCGUCUCUUCGACAGAGGCUGAAGAGCUCAGUGGCACCAUCAGUGCCCCGGACAUUAAACUAAACAUGGGCAGUGAGAGCGUCAAAGAUCCUUAUGCCACCACCUUCCUGAGACAGCGAGGCUACGGCUGGCUGCUGGAGGUGGAGGAAGACGACAGCGAAGACAGCAAACCUCUUCUGGAGGAGCUGGACAUUGACCUGAAGGACAUCUAUUACAAGAUCCGAUGUGUGUUGAUGCCAAUGCCAUCACUGGGCUAUAACCGACAGGUGGUCAGAGACAACCCGGAUUUCUGGGGCCCUCUCGCCGUGGUGCUGCUCUUCUCGAUGAUCUCCAUCUAUGGCCAGUUUAGGGUUGUGUCUUGGAUCAUCACCAUCUGGAUAUUUGGAUCACUAACAAUCUUCCUGCUGGCCCGUGUUCUUGGUGGGGAGGUUUCCUUUGGACAGGUUCUGGGUGUAAUUGGAUAUUCCCUUCUUCCUCUCAUUGUUAUAGCCCCAUUGCUUUUAGUAAUCGGGGGAUUUGAGGUGGUUUCAACACUAGUCAAACUGUUCGGAGUGUUCUGGGCUGCUUACAGCGCUGCCUCGCUGCUCGUCGGAGAUGAAUUUAAGACCAAGAAACCCCUUCUCAUAUAUCCCAUAUUCCUUUUGUAUAUUUACUUCCUGUCACUAUAUACUGGUGUGUGAUUGGCUGAGUUGAAACUGUGGACCUUCUUAUGGACUGUAGCCCUGGAUCGUGGGAGUAUAAAGUCAAAGUACGGACCCAGGAUGUUUUUUUAAAAGGUGUUUAUUUCUUUUUAAACUCUGUUACGUUCCAGAUGAUGGGGAUGCUGGGAAUAUAUAUCAGUGUAUAUAGUUUUUCUUUAUGUCCUAUCAGUGGUCAAUAAAAUACCUAAUGCUUACAGCUUAAAGCUUUCAGUAUGCAGACUUGUUUACAGAUGCAAUACAGUUCCCAUAGUGCUGCAUUUUUCUUGUAGUUUAUGGAGUUGAAAAUGAUCACAGGGUUAUUAUUUAUUAAAUGAUUUUUUUCCUCUCUUUAUCCCAGUGAAAAUGUGGUGCCAAAUACAUAUGUGUAUAUGUUCAUGGAAUGAUUAACAAAAGAGUGCACCACAUAGAAGGAAGGGCAUAAUGUUCCUCAUUGUUACACAGAGUAAUGUAAAAUGAGAAGUGGCCAUUUAUGCUUUUAGGUUUUUAUUACACAUUUGUUUUCUGUUUGUAUGGAUUUGAUCAGCAGAUCAGGUUUUUACAAUGAUAUAAACUGUUGUAUUCUAAUGUGGUGCCUUGUUUUCCCAGCCCUGUUUCCUGUUUGUGAACACUUCCAUGCAGGAGUAUAAUCAUUGCAUCAAUAAUUUCAGUAAAUUCAUAGUUUUUGUCACUGAAAAAUCUGGUAUUUGAUGACUGUUUUGUGUGUUAAAAUAUUGAACACAGCUGAUUACAGUGAUAUACACAGCUACUGAACACGUGAUGGGGUAUGCCUGUUAAACCUGUCGUUAACACAGACAUCUUAUCAGCCAAUCAGAUGGCAGCGAUCAAUGCAUGGAGGCAUGCCGCCAUUGUUAAGACAAUGUGCUGAAGUUCAAACGGUGUGUCAGAACAGGGAGGAAAGGUGAUUUAAGUGGCUUUGAAUGGGGGAUGUAGAGCCAAGGGGAGGUGUCCUGGUCCAGGCCAGCAUUCACCCCUGCUGGAAUCAGGCUGUUGCUCUACCUCCCACUACUCCCUCAUUUUAAUGAGGGCAGAGAAGAACAGAGACCUCUCUUCAACUGUCUUCAUCAAAAUCCCCUGACUGGAAUUAACUGUUUCAUCUCCCUAACCAACUUCUGCAGCUUUGUCCCAGCUCUCCCAGUAUUGAGACAGUCGCUCUACAUCCCACUUAUGCCAGACAAACCCUAACUUUCCAUCCUUACUGGACAGCUGUUUAACAUUUGUAACAAAGGUCAUGGGGUUCAGAUAAAACAGAAUUCUUAUCAAACCUAUGCAUGACACUGAUCAGAUCAAAUAUAAAGCCACAAAUUCAGUAGAUAGAGACACGAUAUGGACAGAAGUAUUCGGAAUGCCCGACCAUGCCCCAGCAGGGACUGUAAUGACACUGUAUUCAGAUCCAUUUACUUUAAUCUGGAG